AUGUCGAAGCGCGGCCGCCCCGAGGAAGAGGAGGAGCUCGUCUCCCUCCCUGAGGACGACGAUGCUGAGGAGGAAGAAGAGUACAUCUCCAGUGGCGACGAGGAAGACGUCUCCGAGGAAGAUGGCGACGAGGAGGAGGAGCUUGAGGAGGGCGACGAGGAAGCCGAGGGCGAAGAGAAUGAAGCCAAUGGCGAACAGAGUAACCAGGGUCCCGACCUGUCCACGUCAACUCGUACUGACCCCAUGACAGCUGAGCCCCCGGCCAAGAAGCGCAAAACCACCGACGAGACCACAGAGGGCGACGCCGAGGCCGAAGGCGACGAGGAGGAGGAAGAGGAUGCUGAAGCCGAGGCUGACGACAAAGCCGACGACAAGGACGACGAGGCUGUCAAGGACACUAAGGACGAGGCGGCCAAGGAGACCGCCGACAAGCCUGCGCCUGCUGAGACGCAGUCCGAGGAGAAGGCGGCGGCUGGUGACGCCGAGUGA